AUGCAUCUUGCGACGCCAGUCGUGUUUCUUUUGCUUUUUGCAACUAUAACCAUCGCUAUCGAAUUUGAUGGUGGUAAAGGAGGUGGAAGAAGACGGCUUGAUUUCUCUGAUUCUUCUUUAUCUUCAUCUUCCGAAGAACAUAGACAUAGACCCCCGCAUCGGCCGAGGCCUCCAAGACCCUCAAGACCAACAACUCCGAGAGGUGAAUGUGACGAUGGAUGGUUGAGAUUCGAGAGGGAUCACGAAAUCUGGAUCACAAAUGCUAUGCUUACUCAACCGACUGCUGAAACCCUCUGCCAAACAAUGGGUGCCACGUUGACAGGAUAUCAAAAUGAUAAUGAGCGAGUGACCACUGCAAAUGAAGCACUGAAAAAACUCGUAGCUGCCGGACAAUCUACCAUUGCCGCGACAAAUGUACCAGCAUGCAGAUACCAAAGCUGUGGACCUUAUAACACAUUUACAUGGACCGAUGGUCACACGAAUGGAACUGCAGGCUUCAGCAAAUGGGGAGUUGGACAACCCGAUAAUCGUAACUAUGGAGGACCUACAAUCUGUCUUCAACAAUUCAUCAUGACCCCUAACUGGGUCGGACUUCGAGGAGACCUCGAGGAAUGGAGAGCUGCUUUCACCAAUGGAGAUCUUGAUAGAUAUGGAUGCCUAGACGCUCCAGGACUGCCCCAGACAAAAAUGUACGCUUGUGGAAAAGUCGGGGUCAGUCGAAGAUCACGUGGAUAA